AUGUCGUUGGCCUCUCCAACAGCCCUGCUGUGGCCGACCUCCCGUUCUGCGGAGUCUCGCGCGACGCUGCCCGGUGCCACUUCGCGAGGUCGCCGCUUGCCCAGAGGUGCAGCAGGGUCCAAAUCGAUGGCGAAAAGUCUUGCGCUGUCCCUGCCUCCGCUGCUGCUGGGCUCACGGAGCAGGCCAAGGCGGCGACUUUUAGAAGAAGCAGGUGUGGAGCUCGAAGUGCAGAUCUCCCAGGUCGACGAGAAGUCCCUGGGCGACCGGGCUUCCGGCGAUGCAGAGACGUUGGUUCGCCUGUUGGCCACCGCCAAAGCCGAUGCACUGCUGGCGAGUCUCGACGACCCCUCGCGACGGCUUCUGCUCACUGCAGACCAGGUAGUCACCUAUGAAGGCCAGAUACGCGAGAAGCCCGAGAGCAUGCAAGAGGCACGAGCCUUCCUGGCCUCCUAUGCCCUUGCGCCAUGUCGGACGGUCGGGGCUCUUUGCCUCCACGACCUCUCCUCGCGACAGCGAGUCGUGGGAGUGCAGGUGGCAGACAUUUUCUUCAAGCCAAGCAUCGCCAGCGAGGAUGUUCUCACUGAGCUUGAGAGCGAGAGCGCGCUGCUAGACUGUGCCGGUGCGUUGAUGGUGGAGCACCCGCUGAUAGAGUGCCACGUCGAUCGGGUGGAAGGUGGCUUGGACUCCGUCCAAGGUCUCUCGCUGCCGUUGCUGCGGGACCUUUGGGGGCAGCUCCAGGACGGUGGCGGCCAAGUCUCCAUGAAGAGCCCCUGA